AUGUGCCAAGCCAGCGAGGCCAACAACCACCAACCGCGAGUGAAGAUCCGGCGUCGCGAACACAAAGAUCUUCCUGCCUGCGUGAAAGUUCUGGAACGAGUCUACAAUCAAGAUGGGUAUCCCGUUCAAGGCACCGCCCACGCUGAAUCCUUUCUCAGCAAUCAGGACAUUACCUCAGCGUGGGUUGCAGUCAUUGAUAGCAAGAUAGUCGGCCAUGUUGCUAUAGGGAAAGCUAAGACUAGUGAUCUGUCUGCUGCACUUUGGCGCAAAACACAUCAGGAUGAUGCAAUAGCAGUUCUAGAACGACUGUUUGUUGAUCCUGACAGUCGCGGAUCAGGAGUUGUCGCGAAGCUGGUUCAAGCUGCCGUGGCAUGGGGUGCAGAGAGGGGCAUGCGACUGGUCCUCUAUGCGCUGGCCAAGGAUAUCGCAGCUGCGAGGCUAUAUGAGCGACUUGGCUGGGCACACUUUGGCACCGCCACAUAUCGAUAUGGUGAUGGGCAGGAGAUGGAUGCUUGGGGCUAUAGCAGCCCAACUCCGAAGAUCUAA